AAAUAUUGAUUGACUUUGAAUGCAUUAAGUGUUACCGUGUCACCGUCCAGUGACAGAAACCUGAACAUGUUCGAGAACCAACCACCGUUACCUCAACUGAAUAUACUUCUAUCUAUGCUCGCACUAGCCGUGCACGAAAAACUCACCAUCUCUUCUCAAAUCAAUCCACCCCUUAUUUUCCUCCAAAUUACACAAAUUGCCACCGCCUUUCUUCUUCAGGUCUUCUCCUCAUCGCUCUUUCUUUCUACUUCUACUUCUACUUUCUACCACUAUCACUCCCUUCUUCUAUUCACGCACGUGUGAGAAAUGAACUCUCUUCAAUUCCGUUACACUCUCUCUCCACACUCCACAAGGCCCCAAUUUUCUCGCACUUUCCCGCCUCAUUACUAUUUCCCCGGAAAUUUCGGGUUUCUCUCUUUCACAGGUCUCAAUGGAAGAAGAAGUAGAAAGCAAAUUUUCUCAAUCUGUAAUUCAUCCAAAACCGAUUCUCAGAUCGAGAAAGUUGCCAUUGAGAAAAACGAUGAACGGCCUCCGUUUGAUAUUAACCUUGCCGUUAUUCUAGCUGGUUUCGCCUUUGAAGCUUACACAGGUCCACCUGAAAACUUGGGUAGGCGUGAAGUUGAUGCUGCUGGUUGCAAGACAGUUUAUCUUUCUGAGGAAUUUUUUCGUGAAGUUUAUGAUGGACAACUCUUCAUAAAGUUGAAAAAAGGAUUUAGUUUCCCUGCCAUGGAUCCAUGGGGAACAAGUGAUCCAUAUGUUGUCAUACAGAUGGAUUCUCAGACUGCUAAAAGCAAUAUCAAAUGGGGGACAAAGGAGCCAACAUGGAAUGAGGAGUUUGCUUUUAAUAUUAAGCGGUCUCCAAUCAAACCUCUACAGGUUGCAGCUUGGGAUGCAAACCUUGUAAUCCCUCACAAACGCAUGGGGAAUGCAGUUGUUGACUUGGAAUGGCUUUGUGAUGGAGAUACUCAUGAAAUAUUGGUGGAGUUGGAAGGAAUGGGUGGUGGUGGAAAGGUUCAGCUGGAGGUUAAAUAUAAGACCUUUGAUGAAAUUGAAGACGAGAAAAAAUGGUGGAAGAUACCUUUUGUUUCAAACUUUCUAAGGAAUAAUGGUUUUGAUUCUGCACUCAGAAAGGUUAUUGGUUCUGAUACAGUACAAGUCAGCCAAUUUGUGGAAUAUGCAUUUGGGCAGUUAAAGGCAUUUAACAAUUCAAAUGUAGAGAAGGGUCGGAUGUCUGAUAUUGAUAAUGAUAAUGAUAUUGAAAGUUCUGGGAAAUCGAAUGAAUCUGCUGUUAUGUUAAAGAUGACUUCUCCUGAGGAUGCUAGUUCAGAAGCCUCUAUCGAAGAUUCUAGUGAACAAAGAAACAUGGAAGAGUUUCGCUCGUGUGACAGUGAAACUGAAAAUGGACAGGCUUUGGAACCAUCAAAACGUUUUUGGAGGAAUUUAUCUAAUGUUAUCAAUGCCAACAUUGUUCAAAAGCUAGGUCUCUCUGUUCCAGAGAAAUUAAAGUGGGAUGGACUGGAGUUUCUUAACAAAAUUGGUUCGCAAUCCCAAAAUAUUGCAGAGACUAUUUAUAUUCAAUCUGGUCUUGCAAUACCUGGAGGCACAGAAGGCACAGACAAUAAAACAAGUGGUCAACCUGCCAUUUCUGUGAUUCAGUCUUCACUUCCAGAGGUUAAAAAGGUAACUGAGAAAUUGAUGAAGCAAACUGAUUCAAUUUUAGGAGGUUUAAUGCUUUUGACAGCAACAGUUUCCAAAAUGAAAGAUGAAGGACGUUCUUCUGAAGAGAGGAAAAUCAAAGAAGAUUCUACCAAAGGAGUAGGCAAUGACAUUGAAUAUUCUACAAGUCAGAAGUCUCCUAGCCCACAAAACGGGUCAUUGUUGGAUGAUAAAGAAGCUGAAGAAAUGAGAGCACUUUUUUCAACUGCUGAAACUGCCAUAGAGGCUUGGACAUUGCUGGCAACUUCACUUGGUCAUCCUAGUUUCAUUAAGUCUGAGUUCGAAAAAAUAUGUUUCUUAGACACCGCAUCCACCGACACACAGCUUGCAAUUUGGCGUGAUUCUGUGCGAAGAAGGUUAGUGAUUGCAUUUAGGGGAACGGAACAGACACAAUGGAAGGACUUAGUAACUGAUCUAAUGCUUGUUCCAGCCGGGCUGAAUCCUGAAAGGAUAGGUGGAGAUUUCAAGCAAGAGGUUCAGGUUCACAGUGGUUUCCUUGGUGCAUAUGAUUCAGUUAGGACCAGGAUCAUUUCUAUGAUUCGACUUGCAAUUGGUUAUGUAGAUGAUCAAUCCGAGUUCAUCCACAAAUGGCAUAUUUAUAUGACUGGUCAUAGUUUGGGUGGUGCAUUGGCUACCUUGCUUGCUCUUGAACUUUCAUCAAAUCAGUUAGCUAAACGGGGAGCGAUUUCUAUUACUAUGUAUAAUUUUGGUUCUCCUAGGGUUGGUAACAAAAGAUUUGCAGAGGUUUACAAUGAGAAAGUUAAAGACAGCUGGCGAGUUGUGAAUCACAGAGAUAUCAUUCCUACAGUGCCCCGGUUAAUGGGUUACUGUCAUGUCAAUCAACCUUUAUUUCUUGCUGCAGGAGUUCCAAGAAAUUCCCUAGAAAACAAAGAUAUUUUGGGAGAUGGUUACGAUGGUGAUGUUCUUGGGGAAUCCACACCAGAUGUUAUAGUCAAUGAAUUUAUGAAAGGUGAAAAGGAGCUUAUUGAGAAGUUGCUACAGACUGAAAUUAAUAUAUUCCGCUCAAUCAGAGAUGGAAGUGCUGUUAUGCAGCAUAUGGAGGAUUUCUAUUACAUCACAUUGCUAGAGCAUGUAAGAUCAAAUUACCAAGUUGCCUCAAGGUCGGAACAAGGUGUAAACAACAGCUUAGGCUGAGCCAACAAGGGUUCAUGGUUGCAAGGCCAGGUGGCUGAGGUGCAUUCACAACUAGAAGUAUGCUGUGUACAAACUGGAAAAAGAUGUGGAGAAAACCAUAUAUAUAUUUCACAUCACCUGCAGCCAAAUCUUUACUGGUAUGGUAGGAUAUUGUCUCUGUUAAGUGUUAAGCUGAAUAUUUGUUAUUGUUUUUUGUAUGAUCAAAAAAUGGGGGUUGGUAUUAAGCAUAAAAGUCUAGCCUCUCCCAACGUAACAAAUCAUGGUUCAAAUCUCUGCUUAGGCUCAUAAAAAAUGCCAUUGAUUCACAUGAAUUAGUGAACUCGUGAACUUUACCCAAUGAUAGAGACAACGACACCAACAACAACCAAACCUUAUCCCACUAAGCUGGGUAGGCUAUAUGGAUCAAAUGAUGCCAUAAUAUUAUGUGAUAUAUCAUAUCUAAUGUUGUAAUUUUUAAUUAUAUCUUGUCUAGUUUGUCGACA